AUGCUCCAACCAUGGGCACUGGCACUUCUCUGGGGUUUCCUUAUAAUGUCCUCAGUCCAAGCAGAACCUGGAGGCCAAGGGCUUUUGAACGUUAGUCCCAAACUUCUCAAAAAAGUUUUUUUGCAGGAAUUUGAUAAUCAGGAUACUAUUAAGAUCCUAAAAGACUUGCCUCUCUAUGAUGCCAUGAAGAGUAAUUAUAUGACCAACUUACCUGUGAUUGGAAACGUUGUCGGAAAUAUACUGACGCAGAUUAUAGGGCUGAAUGUCAACACAGUUAACAUUAAAAACUUAGAGGUGACUUUUACUGAGAGCGAUCACCUCCAGAUCAAGAUCCCCUUUGAUAUGGUGGCCGUCUUAAACCUCGCAAUUACCGACAAACUCGUUGAGCUGCACAUAGAAAGUGAUAUCAUAGCCGAAGUCCGAACAGUAAUUGGCCAAGCAGGGCAAUCUCACUUAGUCUUCAGCUACAGUACUGAAAGCCUCUCUAACUUGCAAAUCAAUCUUCUCCAAAAAUUCUCCUUUACAGUCAACUAUGUGGCUAACGGCGUUAUUGAGUUACUGAUGCCAGCACUUCCCAAGUUAUUGAAGAAAGAGAUAUGCCCAGUUGUUCAAAAGGCCAUUGGGAACAUGGCUGACAGAAUUGAAAAUUGGCCAACAUUACCAAUGCCAUUCGGACAAAAAUCUCUGAGUUUUGAGGUCCUGUCAUCCACACUUGCUGACAAAAGCUUUCAGCUGGAUCUGAAUGCGAAGCUUCUGGGCCCAGGAGGAAAGCUGAUUAAGAUUUUCAAUGAGUCCAAAUCAGAUAUCCCUCAGAAAAUACCCAAGGUGGGCACCUUUGACUUCAGUUUCGUCGUAAGACAGGAUGUGGUGAAUGCCAUCUUUGAGACACUGCUGCCUCCUGAGGAGCUAAUGGUUCUUCUAGAAAAUGUGCUUCCUGAGAUUGCCCGUCAAUUGAAAUCAGUUCUCAAUAAGAUCAACCCAAAGGCUCACGAACAGCUGGGAUCAACUCAGAUUGUGAAGCUCUUAAGCCAGGACUUUCCAGUGGUCAGCCUGAAACCUGGCACCGUCAAAUUAUCCCAAGUGGUUGUGUUCGAGGUGUUUGCUACCAACAAAGACAACGUGCCUCUUUUCACUCUGGGCAUCGAAGCAACUUCUGACGGUCAGUUUUACACUGAAGGGCACAGACUUUUUUUCAACAUCCAAAGAAUCAGCACUGACCGCAUCCAUCUGAUGAACUCAUCAACAGGCCUGUUCAGCCCUGAACUCUUGGGGAACGUGAUCAGUCAGAUCUUAUUCUCUGUGUUGUUGCCGAACCAGAAUGGUAUAUUGAGAAAUGGAAUUCCCUUGCCCAUCGUAAAGGAAUCAGGAUUUCAACAAGCCAAAGCAAUUCCUAUCCAGGGUGCACUUCUGAUCAUCCCAGCCAAAUCCUAGGCUAUCUGCCACACCUGGCUCAGCAGACCCAUCGGUAAAGGGAAGUCAGAGAAGACAAAGAUGAUGGAGGAGGAGAAAUUGCCAACUUUGUUCCUAAAUCCGACUUGAGAGGA